AUGUGUAGUCUUUACCUUGAAGAGUACCUCAAAUGUUUUUAUUUAUUUAGUAAAAAAAAUUUGCUACUUAAAAAUUGAAAUACGAACAUUUAGAUUAAAAACAAUACUUUAACAAAGAAGAAAGAAAGAAAAGAAUCCAAAGGAGAAAUGAAUAGGCCAUUGCAUGGUGCCUUGAAAACAUAGAAACACGACAACAUCUGUAAUUGCACUAGUCCCAAACCACGAAUCGACGAUAUAGAAGAAAAAGAAAGGUCUGCAAUCCUAGACGUGUGUCACUUUCACACAUGGGCUACUCCAAAUCCAAAUUAUUGUGCUUCUAUUCAAUGCCAAUUUUUAUCAUUAUCCAAUUCAUUCAAUAGUACAUGAAUACAUAUUACAUUCCCUCCCUUAUUAACCACCACUAUGCUCAUCUACUAGCCACUUUUUACUUGUAGCGGAUUAGCGCGCAUAGGUUUUUGCUGUUUUUUCGUCGGUUACAGUAAACUCAGAAUGCAGGCUUUUGGCUUCUGCAUAGCGCUAUGGCUUGUUGGAGUUCUACUAAUGACAUCCAACUCCUCUAGUGGUACAGUUAAUCGAUCUAUACUAGUUUCUGGAAUGGUUUUCGAUAGCAAUACAAUGACAAUGACAGCAAGUAGAAAUCUGAAGGAAAUCAGUUACAGUUUCAAGUUUGCUCAGGGAAUUUCAGAUGGUGAUGUGAGCUUGGAAGACUAUCGCCCUGUUGAUCCGAGCCCAAGUCGUUCCAAGGCUUCUGUAAAACAUGGACCUAUUCAGCAUGGUGCUCCUUCACAUCCUUACAUUCCAAAACCAAAGCCUCCGCCUCCAGCUCCUAGUCCCUUUGACCAUGAUGGAUCGCCUUAACCUUUGAAAGUUAUCAGCUUAGCAUCUGAUCUUAAGAAAGGUGACCUAAUUUGCUUAUGCUCAAGACUCAUUAUUACUCGACUCGUUAAUCAUUAUUAGGCAUCUUCUGUAGUCGGUCCUAUUAAAUUUAUAUUCAGUAUUAUGUUCUCAUCUCAAUUAAAUGAAUUGGCUAAUAGCUUGUGCUUUUUUUAACUACGGA